GAGCCCCGCCUACUAAACGAGAAUAGUUCCUCUGUCUUUUGUGAACAGCGGUUUUUGUUGCACUCUCGCUGCGGCUGCUCCCGGGGAAACUAGACGCUAGAGUAGGGUAUACUGAAAACUCAUUCAUUCUGUAUGCACAGUGAUAGCGGAGCUUGUUCUUUCAACGUUACGAAUAUGGGCAGCACGUAUGGCGAUCGCGUACGCGCACGCACAGCUGCGAUUUGGUCAUCACAGAGACAGAGCAAAAUGGCGGAGAUAAAACAGACAAGAAAAUCAAGUAUCUUCCACAAGGGUAUAAACAGAACGAAAGAAAAGGUCCUACAGAAGUUAGGGAAAGCAGAUGAGACAAGGGAUGAAUUAUUUGAACACUAUGUACAGAAUUUCACUUCACAACAAGCUGCUGCCAACAGAUUGUUCAAGGAGCUCAAGAAUUAUGUGACAUGUGUAAAAGCCAUGAGUCAAGCAAGCAAAUGCCUAUUUGAAGCAAUGGAGUCAACAUAUGAAUCAGAAUGGCAGGGACAAGAACAACUGGCUAGUGUCAGAGAGACUUUGGACCUUCUAUGGGAUGACUACCAGAGGAAAUUAAUUGACCAGAUUAUGAACCCCCUCGUGUCCUACCAAGCAAAGUUUCCUGAAGUAAAGAAACGGAUGGAGAAGAGAGGCAGGAAAUUAAUAGAUUAUGACAGCGCAAGGCAUAAUCUAGAGGCUUCCAAGAAGAAAGACGAUCAAAAAUAUAUUAAGACACAAGAGGCAUACAACGAAGCGAGAAAGCUUUACGAGGAGCUCAACUCAGAUCUCCAUGAAGAGCUACCCUCGUUAUUUGACAGUCGCAUUCCGUUCUACGCCAACACCUUCCAGCUCUUGUCGGCAGCAGAGUCAACGUUCUAUGAGGAAGUAGGCAAGGCCAAGGGAUCCGUUAGCACCAUUAUGGGUGAUCUAUAUCAGGAUGCAUCGGUGGGAAAAUAUGACAUCAGAAAAAGCAUACCAGAGCUCUUACGUCAAAGCAACAGCACGUCCACACCCCCUUCUACCAUCUCAGCCCCCAUCAACUCCGCCUCCUCCCGGGAUUCCCCCAACGAUAGUCCCGUCUACUCGGUCCCACCUGCUGUGGACCGUCGAAGGGAUCUGCCGGAGGAGAGGGACGAUGAUGAGGAGGAGGAAGAAGACGAUGAUGACCAGACGGCUGAAUACCAGGUUCCCAGAUCAACUCCUGUAGAGCCUAAUAAGAACCCUGCGGCGGACACGACGACUCACAACGGCACAUCUCCUUCCUCACCAGCCCCGGCACCUCCUUCUCCAGCACCUCAAACCAACGGCAGUAGUUCACUCCCAUCAGGCGUACUAUACAGAGCGAAAGCAACCCACGAUUAUCAGCCCAGAGACUCGGAUGAAUUGACGCUGGCUAAAGGAGAGAUUGUAUGUGUUGUACCAUUUGAAGACCCAGAAGACCAGGAUGAAGGCUGGUUAAUGGGCUAUAAAGAGGAUAAUGGAGACAGAGGCGUCUUUCCGGAGAAUUUUACAUCGAAAUUCUGAUAGCUAUGAACACACGGCAUCCAUUCUCUAUCUUAGUACACAUACCCUACACCAACAUUGCUUCAUCAGUACAAUAAAUACGUCUCAUCGAGGUACAUGUAGAACUGUCAUUAUCUACUGGGAUGCUAGUUUUUAGGUCCUGACUCCAUCCCUUUUUGGGCUUUAUAUUGCACGGAACAUGGGAUGUCGUCAUACUGGAGUCUCUUUACAGGCUCAUAGGGUGACUCAAGGUGGUAUCCGUGUAUCUAGGUUUUUAUAUGACUGUAAACCCAUGCUGCAUUUUCGAACAAUAUACUCAUGAAAAUAUCAGUUUUCAUGUUGGCUCUGUAUCAUAGCAUAGCUUCAGUCAUGGAAGAAAUCUAGCUUGAUGAAUGUUCUUCAUGGAAGAGAAUGUGGUGGAGUGAAUAGGCUUUGACUAUGAACUUUUAUUACCGUUAUCAGUUCAAAGGCAAUAGACUCUUGUGUAUCGACUAGUGUGCUCAGUUAGUAUUGUAAUUGAAUAUUAUAAUCAUUCCUUGAUUAGUCACUAUUAAGGGCAGGUCAAAAUAACCACAAUUUCUAGACUGAGAAUGAUUUGAAACUAAAAUAGUGUCAAAUUGGUUUUUUUAUUAAUACUGAAAUGUUAUUCAAACACCAAAGUUUUAUUUAUAUAUAUCACAGAAAUGAAUUCUGAAUAUAUGCAGGGCAUCCCUCCCCCUAGUUUCAAUGUUAACCCAGUUAUACAAUGUCCCAAAUAUAUACAAGAAUGGAAUUAAAAAUUAUAUAUUGAACCAGUAAAUAGUUAUUUUCAUGUUUCUAAAGUGAAGUAUAGCUAAAAGUAUUGAUUUCCUUGUAAUGUCAUCAUGCAAAACACUUGGAUAUUGGCCAAAUACCCAAUGUUUGCCCAUCUUAAAUUCAAAUUGAUAGUUAUCUCCAUUUGCUGGAACUGACCCAAAUUUUGUCCCAAGCCAGUUACAAAUAUUUCUUUGCCAUGAUCCCUUGCCCUUCCCUAUUAUUAAGAUUAAAGAGGAAAGUUUAGGUCUUAUUAAAGAGAAAGUGGUAGGAAGGGUAUGAAACAUUUAAAAACCCUUUCUUGCCAAUCAAGGUCUAUUGUUGUGAUUUUGAAGUAGACGAAUUGUUUUCUUUUGAAGUAGACGAAUUGUUUUCUUUUGAAGUAGACGAAUUGUUAUCUUUUGAAAUAGAUAGAUUGUAUACAUAAGGGUUCAUGUUCCCAUCGAUUUGCACAUGCAAUAACUUCUACUGGGCAUUCAUGUAAAAAGAAAGUAAACAAAUCAGGGACUUCAUCAAAGCAAGAUUCAAAGACAGAUCUCAAUUUCACUGUCAAUCUAGAAGUUUCAGUUUGUAUUUUUGUUUUAAAUCAUAAAUGACUAUCUCAUUUACUGAUUGUUGUUGUGGAUAUUUACUCCAAGGUUUAAAUCCAUUUGACUAGACAUAGUGGGCUGAGUGACUUCGAGAGAUUAGCGAUCAGAUCAUGAUUUCAUUUUAUAGACUGUGAAUAACUGAUGGUAAUAUCAUGCUGACAAAAUUUGCGUUUGAUUUUAUCUUGGCGUGUGUAGUUGUUUUUAGUUGUAGAAAAAUAUGAGGGUUGUUCAGUAUGAUAAAAGAUUUAGAUUACAAUCACUUGAUGAAGGGAAAGAAUAUAUGACACAGCUGAGGCCUCAUACAUACAUGAUGCUUUAAACCACUCAACAAGAUAAACGGCUGUGGCAAAAUAGAAAGCUCUUUUACAUGUAUGGCAGGUGGGAUGAAAACGAUGCUGCAUGCAUCAGAGACCCCUAAUAAGAGUACUCCUGUAUGUUAUACAGAAAUGGAUUGUCGCUACAUUCAAUAAUUUAAUUUUGCUGCAGUUUUUUUCUUUCUUUCUUUUCUUUUCUAUUGAAGGGUUCCCAGCAUAGUGUGUGAAUUAAGCUUUAUUGAAUUAAAUGCUGUGACUUAAGUGAAUUUUUCAAAUGAUAAUUAACAAAGAGUCAAAGUAAUAGUGCCUCAUCUGAAUAAGUACAAUAACUCUGGGGUGGUUUGUUUUUCUCUCAGUACAAUCCCUAAGUCAUUCAUGAAAAUGGCUUCGAUAUGGUGAAAUAACAAAGUUUGAUGUAAAAGAACUGGCCUAAACCUACUCUGUACACUAUUUCAUGUUUCAUUAUACAGGUUAUAUGCUCUGUUAAAAAUAAUCUCAAUCCAUUGAAAUGAUUGAUUAGAUUUUAGUCUGCAAGAAAUGCAGAAAUUAAACAAUUUUCUCAAUUCAUAUGAAUUUAAUGAUAAGAGAUGCUAUAUAUGAGUCUACUUUUCCAAGCAGUGCUACAUAAUGAUAUAAUUAUGGUUUGAUUGAAAUUGUAUAUUAGCAAGCUCAUUGAUUUCCCGAUAGGAGGUAUUUGUGAGUCUUCAGUAUCAUUCAAGUAGAUCUAGCAAAAAUGAAUCAGAGAUUAAUUUAUUACAACCCUUUUGGGUUCAGAUUGAAUCAGUAUUGAUAAUUAAUUUUUCGCUGAAUUGUGAAGUAAAUUGAGCUAUGCAAUACAGUAACAUUGUUUUUUGACUUUUUAUUGCUACAUGAUUAUUUUGUGGAAUCUCUUUAUAUGAUUGCUUUUUAACAUUUAUUAUUAUUAUCAUUGUUAUUAUCAAUGCUGAAAUUUAAGACUUUUUCUUUAUUUUUAAUUUUUAGAUAGCAGUGUACUGAUUGAAUGUAUAUAUCUUGUUCAUUUUUUUUCUGCUUCAUUUUCCAAUUAUAUUUUUAAUCAUAUUUUUGUCAAUGAUCAGAAUAUGGUAAUUGUGUGAGUGAAACAUUACUUUCUCUCUGACCAUUACAAACUUUUUGUUUUACCUUCACUAAUUUCUCAGAUCCAGAUUUGAGACAGAGUCUUGCAAUGGAAAUACUCUUUAUUAUCAAUUGCAAAAGUGUUUUGUUCUACAGUUUGUUCUUGACUUGCACAAAUAUACAUUUUAAUAGUAUUAGAUAUUUAUAUUCAUCUUUUUUAAUACUUUGUAUAACUAUUUUUUGAGAUGAUAUAUACAGAUUGUUAAUUUGUGUCAUUACUUUAAAUCAACCUGAUUGAGCAAUUGUAAAUGAGCCUUAUAUUGUAAGGCAUUAAAUUAAGUUUUUUUUUUUUACCCCUAUCAAUUGCAAUAUAAGAAGCUAAUUUAUUACUAUUUACAUCAAGCUGCCAUGGGAAGUACAGAUUUAUUUCAGAGGAAGUUUGGACAAAUUUAACCUUUUUAAAAGAUAUAUAACUUCUUUGAAAGUAGGAAAAACUAACUUGAAUGAUCUAGAAUGAGUAAUUUUUAUUGAAAUUUGAUGAUAUUAGGAAUACUAGUUAAUAUAAACACAACAUAAUAACUCUUUCAAUGCAUAUUUUUUUUUAAUGGUUAUUUGAUACAUGUAAUUGAAAUUAAGGUAGUUUGAAAUUUUGUAAAGGCAUCAAUAGUUGAUGUCAAAUCCUUUCGUAACUACACAUAUUGUGAUCAUGAUUAUGAAAUAGUUGUCCUGUGUAUCUAAAUGAAUGAAAUAUCAGACUCAUUUUGUAUGUGUGUGUGAAAGGAAGAUUUUAUGUUUUUGUCUGUGUAGCUAAACAUGUCAAUCCCUUUGUUCUCUUCUUCAAUUUUCAAAGAAAAUCAAGGAAAUCUGUAUCAACAGUAAGAAAUAUUUAGCAUGGAUGAUAUUGAACUUGAACCUGAACUUCAUUUUAUGCUUAAUAUUUUUGCUUUUUGAUAAAAAAAAAAAAAAUUACAAAACAGAAAUGGGAAAAUAAAUUAAUUUGAGGCAGAAUGCAGUAAUGGUAAAUAUGGUUUAAGAAUUGCUGUGAAAAUAAAUGUUCAUACAUUUGUGUUUUGCUUUUGGGAUCGGGUUUUGAUGAGAUGUUUUAGUGUGCUACAAAGUUAGUCCGAAUUGGGUUUGUAAGGGUGAUUAUAUUCAAAUUUAAUGAUAUAAUUUUCUACUUACAUCGUAAAAAUCCUUUUGCAUUGCAGUACAAGGGAACAAGUAAACAAAUUAUUAAAAAAAAGUAUGAACUUAUAAUAGGAACAAGCCUGUACUGUCAUAAUUCCACUUGUGAGGUUGUUCCAAGACUCUUUGUAACAGGUAUACUGUUUAAAUGUUCUUUUAUGUAAUGUUUUUUGUUUUCAUUGUCACAGGACUAUACAGGAUCUUAGCGUUGUAGUUAUCUUUUAAUCUAUUGUUGCUUCAUAUUCAUAUUUUGAAUACAACACGUCCUAUACAGAUUAAUGAUACCCAGACAGAAGCAGCUUUUAUCAUCCAUUUUAGAGCCAGAAGAGCAUUAACUUGGAUCAUUAUAAUUGGAGUUAACAACCUUCUGGUUCCAAAUGGUUGAUACCUUCUGCUCAGAGCCAGGAGGGCAUUAACUCGUACACGGGGAUAACGCCCGGCAAUGACAGCCCUUUUGGCUCUCAACAGAUGAUAUGUUCAUCAUUGGUUGAUAUAAGUAUAUUUAUGAAUGGUACUGGCAAAGUCAUUAUAAUUUGUAAUCUUAUGAAAAUUGCCUGUGAUCAAAGUCUUUUGAUAACCAUGUCAUACAGGUUUGAACCAAAAUAUAGAAUAGCCAUAUAUAUACACAAUCAAGAAUUUCGGGGAAAAGUCAUUUUCCAUCUCUCUUUAAUAAUCUAAAGUGAUUAAUAUCACAUUUGUUGCCUAACUGAUUUUCCUUACUUCUUUAUUAUUAUCAUAGUAGUAGAUUAAAGCUGUUAAAAUUGUAUCUUACAAAUUUAUUUGGGGAUAUGAACAAGUAGCAAACUCUAUGAAUAGUUGGUCACAAUAUUCAUUUUGUAUAAAAUAUAUAUGUAAAAAAAAAGAAACUAAACAUUACUUUCUAUAAGCUAUUUAUAUAUCUCUCCUGUAUCAAAGUGUAUGAAAGUGCAUUGUAAAUCUCUCUGCAAUCUAUUAUAUGUAUUGUAUACCAAACGCAUUAUGGCCUGUUGUAUACUCAAUGUCUGCGUGUAUGUAACUAUGUAGAGUAGGUAAUAGUAAUUAUAAAAGCAAUGACGUGAAUACUAAAAUUAAUGAUCGAUACUGUUGACUUGUAAACAACUUUGUGUGUAAUUGUACAUACUAUUAAAACAAUUUUUGAAUACAUAA